AUGGGUACUGCUAAUGAUGAUGAUGCUGGAGUCAAAGACAAAGAUGAACGUCUUACUUCUCCUAAGAAAAAGGGCAUGGGCAAGAAGGGAAUUUCGCGAGAUGACAAAGCUCGUGCUGUUGUAUCUGCUAUUGAAGAAAUUAAACGAGAGGAAAUGCUGAUGAGAGGUGUUCUGGGAUACAACUCGCAAAUAGGUCCACAAAUACUUGGAGAUCAAACAUAUCCUCUCCCACUUAUGUCAGCUUCAAUUUUACCACCAGUUAAGCCAAGAGAUGAACUUGAAAUGAGUAACAUAUUGUCAGAACAGCGAAAGGGUGCCAUUGAGGAACUACUUGGUAGCUUACUCACUCAUGAUAGUGAAAAAAAAUCCAAAGAUGACGAAAAGGAGAGGAAGAGAAGUGAAGAAAAGAAAAAGAGAGAUUCAGAGAAAAGUAGCCAUCAUAGCAAGGAACAUCAUAGAAGUAGUAAGGAGAGACAUAGUCGUAGUGGUCGUGAACGAGAAAAAGAAGAAAAGAAGCAUCGUCCAUCUGAAUUGCCCAAAAAUUGGCAGCAGUUUAGAGACAGAGGGUUUAAGUUUGAAGAAAUUCGUCGCCUCAAAUUGAAACUUGAAAAAGAUAAGUUGGCAAGUAAUAAUCGAGGAAGAACAAGAAAAUCAAGAGACAGAGAACAUAGGAGCAGGUCUCGUGAAAAACGACAUAAAUCACCAACUCAGUCUGAAGACAAAGAUAGAACACCUGAAUCUGAUCAUGAUAUAAUGUUAAAACCUUUUGAAUCAACAUCACGAGUUAUAUACCCUUUUUUGGCAGUUGGUGUACGUCAGAUGCAGAAAGAAUAUCCUCGAAGUCUGAUACACUUCACUAAAUUUCGUCCAUCAAUACCCUAUUGUGAAAAUCCUGCAAGUUCUAAAGCCUAUUACAGGACACGCAAAGAAAUAUUGUGUGAAGCAUCGCAAAGAGUUGUAGAUUUAAUGCAUUGUGUAAUAAAUGGUGAUUUAUGUAAAAUUAAUUCAAAGACUGAAAAAAAUUACAAAGCUAAACAAACCACUGAUGCAAAUUUGUCAAAUAGUCUGGCAGCUUUACAAGUUUCUUAUGAUGAAACAGAAAUAGAUGAAAAUAUGUCUUCUUCUGAUGACACUAGUGGUACCAGAAGAGAAAGACCUUGGUUUCUGCCUGAAAAGUUAGUGGUGUGGCCAGAUGGUGAAGAAGCAUGCCCCAGUACAGGAAGUGAUGUGGAAAUGAAUGUUAAACGGGAGAGAAGUGACGAGACUGAUGUAGACAGUUACUCAAAGAAGAAAGAUAGUUCUGUAGAAAGUUCUGAAGUUAGAGAAAAUGAAUUGCCUAAUUACGUAAAUAGUGAGAGAGAAAGAGAUGUAAAAUCAUCUGAGCCCGAAACAAAAGGUUCUCUUAGAAGUGGGGAAAGGACAACUGUUAGAUCAAAGUGGGAUAGUGAUUAUGAGGAUGACAGAGUGCAAGAUGAUAUUACCACACAGAAUUCUCAGAGUCCAGAGACUGUCAAUGAUAAUGCAGAAAAGUGGGAAGAAAAAGACCCAGAAAAUAAUUUGGCAGAGAUAAGUGUAAAAGAUGAGAUACCAGUUGAAAAUCAAGAUAAAUCAGGUAGUGAGAGUGAUAAUUCUAGUGACAGUAGCAGUGAAAGUUCAAGUGCUAAUGAAAGCAACUCUGAAGAUUCUACCACUGUUGCAAAAGACAGCCUUGUUUUGAAGGACAAAGAAACAGAGAACCCGCAGAAUCCCAAAACUGGUAAGGAAAUUGAUGAAGAAAAUACACCCAAAUCUGUGAAAUGUGCUUAUGCAACCGGGCUUCCUCAGGAAUCUUCAACCAAUAAUGCCCAUCCAGAAAAUAGUGGUGAUGGGAACACUAACUUGAAAUUAGCGUCCGAAUAUGAGGAAUUCAUGAAAGCUGUUAGCUUUGAGUCUUCAGCAGUGGAAGAUGGUGAUACGGAAAUUCCUUCUUCAGAGGUUGUAGUCAAAGGUGCAAUCAAACGUGUAGGAACACCAGACACUCCUGCUCAAGAACGACGUGAUAGAAGAAAUUCUGCUGAUAGUGAAGCAAGUCAUGACAAGCUGGAUAUAGAACCUGCUAGGGUUGAAGAGACUCAGCACCUGAAGAAGUUAUCUGAAACAAAAUUGCACAACAAACCAAAGUUGAUGACUUCAUCUGCUUCUGAAGAUGAACUUAUGCCCCCUGAAAAAGAGGAAAAGCAAGAAUCUAAAGUUAGAGCACUUGAUAAUGUGGAGCAAAAUAAUACACAUCCUAAAAAAGACCGGAAGCAGAGAUCAUCUUCUAGUGAUAGUUCUAGUAGUUCAGAAUCCAGUGCUGAAUCAGAAGAAGUUAAAGAAAAACGUAAAAGCAAAUCCAAAAAGACUUUGAAGAAAAAGCGUAAAAAAGUUGUUCACAACAAGAAGAAGCAGAGAAAGACCAGUAAGAAGAAACGUGCUAAUAGCAGCAGUAGUUCAGAAAGCGACAGUUCUUCUAACGCUGAUAGUUCCAGUUCCAGUUCAGAUGAUCAUAGAAAGAAACCAAAACAUAAAGAGAGAAGCAGGAGAAGAGCCAAAAGUAGUAGUUCAGAAGGAAGUGACAGUAGUUCUGAGAAUGUGUCUUCUGAUGAUCGCAGUGCUCGGAAAAAAAAGAAGAAGAAGAAAGCCAAAAGAAUCCCAAAAAAGAAACCUAGUAAGAAAAGAAAGCGAAGUCGUAAAGAAUCAGAGUCGAGUGACUCAGAAGAUAAUGUGCGUAGUAGGCGUUCCAAAUCUACACGUCAUAAAACAUCAAAGAAGGAUAUUUCUAAAGAAAACAAUAUUGAACAAAACAGUUCUGAUGAAAAAUCAACUGUGCAUGAAGAUUUAAACAGUACUAGUCAUCGUAAAGAUUCUGAUGUGCGUUCAGACCACAGCAAAAAGGCAUCUGGAAAAAAUAAAGGUUCAAAUGAAACUGAGACAAGUCAUAAAAAGAGUUCUAAGAAAUAUAGUAAAGAUAGUUCUUCUAUAGAUGAAAAUUACAAUGAAGAAAGAGAAAAAAAGAGUGGGUCGAAAAAGAAAUCGAGCAGUUCUUAUAAGAAGAGUAGCCAUCACCAUGCAUCUGAGUCGAGUGAUGAUGAAUCUGAGAGAAAGAGUAUUAAAAAACGCAGACGGGAAAGACGGUCAUGCACAACAUCUCCUGUAGUCAGUUCAAACAAAAAAAGGCGUCGUUCUCCGUCCACCUCUCCAGAGCACUCGCCUACUCCCCAGAGACGAAAUUCUACUGAAGGGAAAACUGUUUCUCAACGUGAACGUUCAAAGGAACAAAGCAGUAGCAGCCGUAAACUUAAGCAUAGUAGUGGGAGUAAAAAGGGCCACAAGCAAAAGGAUUUGGAGGGGUCUGAACACACUGAUGAUUUUUCAGAAGAAUGUUCCUUUAAAAGAAAUGAAGAUUUGAGGUUUAGAAAUUCUAAUGUACUAGAAAGAAAUGAUUGGGAAGAUAAUUCUUCGAAUGACAGUUGUGAUAACCGUAAUAGCAGGGAAGAAAAUAAAAGUGAUGAUGCAAAAGAUAGAAAUCACAGAACAUCUCCAAGGAAAGCAGGGUUUGAAGACAACUAUCCAGUGCAACUUUUAAGAAGUGAAGACAUUAAAAAGGAAGUAUUUAGUGAAGAAGAUGAAGACAAUUUUACGGGAAAAGAUUCUAUGGAAGGAAAUAUUGAUAAGAAUACGCAGAGGUUUGUAAGUGAUGAUGAAACUGAAGAUGAUCAUGGUUACCAGAAACAAUCUCGUUCAUCCACUUCAGGAAAGUCUGAUUCUAGUUGUUUAAAAUCAUUUGGUGACAAAUAUUCUUUUGUGAAAGUAAAAGUUGAACCGGAAGAUGUCACCAGUGAUACUGAGAAGAACUUACGUAAUCCCAAAGUUCCAUUGUUGUACAGUCCAGAUCCACCUGAAGAUGAAACUCCUAAAUCACAUCUUUCAAAUUCUCAGUCAAGAGAAAUAUGUAGUACAGAUUCAAGUCAGUUUUCCCACAUGCCUGACAAAAUCAUAGAUAGAUUUGGGAGUGACUUAUCUCGGGAAAGUUUUAAGGAUUCUCAAGAUGCAAAUUUUAGUGGAAAAUUAUUUCAGAAGCAAAACUAUAACCUAUCAGAGGAAAGUUUUCGCCCUGGUAGUAGAAAUCCUGAAACUCCUCGUGUUGUAUCAAGUAGAGGUACUAAUUUCACCUUAGAUAACAUUCCACUAACUCCAAUUUUAGCCAACAGAGAUGAUACUGUUUCUGUAACUCAGCUGGAAGAUAUCUCAAUGAGUACCCGAAAUAAACAAAUUAAUAAAUCUAUUUCUGAAAAACUUCCAAAUUUGCCAGUUCCAGAACUUAAUAGUUCAUCUUCAAAAUCUGUAAAAACACCUAAUCAAAGGCAAGCAAUUUCCUUCAAACUCUUAUCUCCUUCGGGUCGUUUACAAUCAUCUCAGUCUCUUGUAGAUUCUUCUGACAAUGUUGACAAUGACAAUAGUAACAUGUCUGCAAAGCAACAUGUUACACAAGAAUUAAAAAAUGAAAAAACUAAUCUUGAUAAAAGAAUUGAAUCUGAUUCUGAGAAAAGAAGUGGAGCAUCUGUUUUUGAAAGCUCUAGAGAUGAAUGGUUUACCAAUCUGCAAACUGUAGAACAAACUCCAGCCAGUAGUAUUACGACUGAGACAACGAUUUCAGAAGUUACCUCUUCAUCAAAGAUUCCAGUUUUAACUGAAGCAGGUUCUUCCAAUUCUGAUUCACAUCCCAAAGAACGUCAACGAAAACGUCCAUCUCGAUGGGGCAUGACUACUGUUCCUCCUAAAAAGAAAGUAAUUGAAGAAUUAUAUGAAUCUCUUCCUUUGGCAAGAAAUGAGUCUGAUGCUCUUUCAGAAUCAGUCAGUGAAAAGAUAUUCUAUGAUCAGUAUAUUCCAAGUAACAUAGAAAAAAAAGAAAAUUUACCUACUAAAAAUGUUCAAGGAAUUUGUUUUAUGGAUUCUGCAGUGAAAAAGUCUUCUGAUGUGUUAAAUGAAAUCUCAGAGAAGAAGGAACUGAUUAACAGAAGUAAAAGUAGAAAUUUCAGUGAAUGGGAAAUACCUGAAGGUGUAGAAGAAGGUUGGGAAGCAUCAAGAGAAAAAGAUGCAUCUCUCAAAAAUAGGUAUAUUCAUGACCAAUGGCAUGACAGACCUGUAAGACGUGAAAAAUUUACUUCAGAAAAAGUUGAAAAGGAUAAUUCUGAAGGAUGUGGUCCUUUGAUAGACUGGGAAAAUGAUUUAGAGCAACCAAAAGGUAUAAAUGUUCUUCCAACUACUGAGGCUGUGAAUUUAUUUCAUUAUUCUCAUGAACCUGAAAUGCCUAAAAACAGCAGUCAAGCUCGAUCUCACCUGGAAAAAGAAAAUAUUUGUCAAGAUGAGUCGGAGAGUGAAUGGGAAUCAAGGGAAGUGACAUACCAUUCCAAAUCAUCUGCAUUUAGAAUGUGUGAUGUGAAACCUGAUGCCAAAGAAAAGAUCGUUACAGAGAGACAAGAAUCUGUUGAAAAAUCCUCUCAAAGGCAUAUUGAUUUUGCAGAUGAUAAAUCCUGGGAUGAGAGAAAAUGGCAAAAUCAAGAUACGAAUGCAUUGAAACGGGAUGACAAAAGGCACAGAGAUAAUGAACUGCAUGAUAUAAGGAGAGAUGAACAUGAUAUCCGGAAGGAUAUGCGAGAUACAAGAACACUUAAUGAAGGUAGUGGGGGUGUUUAUAAAGAUAUGAGAGGUAUAGAUGAGAGUGAUGCAGUUGCUAAUAAUAAACAGAAAGAGAGAACUGAAGAAUCUCAAACUUCACAUGAUGACUACCAAUUCAGAAAAAAAUUUACAGAAGAUGGAAGCGAAGAAAGUGAUCCAAAUAAACUACUUGUUCAUACUCCAAGUCUGAUCAAUCACGGUGAAGACAGGAAAGUCAAUGUCUUAAUAAGUGGUGAACAUACCAAAGGGGAUAAAUCUGAUGACCCAUACAGAAAAGAUGAAAAGGAGAAAGUCUCCAGAGAAAGAAGGGUUGUUGAAGGUCAAGAUGCGGAGGAUGUUCAUGAUAAAAAUAAGAAAGAAUAUGCUGAAAGAAUUAAAAGGGAAAUUGACGAUAGAGAGCAGAGAGAUGAAGACAGGAUUAGAAAACCCUGUGGAGAAAGAGAGAGAGUGGAUGAAGAUCAACGUCGAGAAGAUCGAAGCCGUAAGGAUUAUUGUGAUGGGGAGAGAAUUGGAUUUAGAGAUAAAGAGAGAAGAGAAAAUGAUAUCCGUGAUUCUCGGCAUGAUGAAGAGCCUGUUAGAAAAGAUUUUGCAGAAAGGGAAAGAAGUUCUGCGAGAGAACGGGAGAGGCGUGAUUCGCGUGAUAGACGGGAAGAAAGAAGAAGGGAGAGAGAUCGAGAUAGAAGAAGUGAUCGGCGAGACCGAGGGAGGUGGGAACGUGAAAAGAGAGACCGACACAGGGAAGACCGUGAGAGUAAUCAGAGAAAUAGAAGUCCUACAGAUUAUCAUCAUGAUCGUGAUCGUCGAGAGAGUCAUCGAGAAGGCAGAGAACAUAGUCACAGCCCUCCUCCAGAUUAUUGGCAAGGGGAGUGGGAGAGAGAGCCCAAGGAAAGAGACUGUGAUUGCACUGGAAAUUACUAUCUUCGGGAUAUCCCUCUGCCUGUCAAUAGUACAUUGGGUGGUGCCAGUACGUGGCCCGGUGGAGCUGCAGGUGAAGCUGAUAUGGAGCUUAGCCGCUCGCCUGCUUCAUCCCCACUUGUUGGAUUUAAGCGAAGUUUAGCUGAUUCAACGAUAAGUGAUUCAGAGUUGGUGUCGAGCAAACAGGAAGACGUGGCUCAUCGAUCUCAAGAAAUGUCACCUUCAUCAACUGCCUAUCCCCCUGGCCUUGCUCCUAGUAAAUCAUAUGAAAGAAAACCACCAUAUUUGAAACAGCAAGUGGUUGCCUCUUCACCAUCUGAUCGUCCUCCUACCCCAACUGACUCACCAGCAUUUUCCCCUAAGAGAUUGUCUCUUGAUGACCGAAUAGAAAUGGAGCUGGGAGUGAAGAACACUCCACCUCCUUUGUCAGCUGCUCAGUACCAAGUGUAUCAACACCAGCAACCUCCACCUUGUCCGCAACCACAACAAGCACCUCAUCAGCAGGUACCUACAAAACAACCACCACAACAGCAGCAGCAACAGCAACAGUCAGCAUUUCCUUAUGCUCAGUACUAUGCACAUGUUCCUCCACCCCCUUAUGGUCAACCUGUAGAAGAGUAUGCACCUCCCCAACAUAUGUAUCCACCUCCACCUGUGAAACCAGGCCUGCUGCAGAUGCCUCCUCCAUCUCUGGAUGCACCUCCUCAAAAAAGAAGACCUCCUCUGUUGCCCACACCAAACAUUCGACCGCUGACUAACUGGGAUUCUCCUGAAGCCUUCAUUGGUGUGCAGCCACCUCAAAGCUCCAGAGUUGUUCAGGUGGGCAAUGUGCUGCAGGUAGUUCCAGUCGAAGUUCCUCCUCCAGCUGUGCCAGGGCCACAGAGUUCCUCACAGUCAAUGGUUUUGCAAACAGGCAAUGUUUUGCAGGUUAUUCCAAGUGAUGCACUGCCAAAUACUGUACCUCCAGUGUCUUGUAGUGAACCUCCUCCUGUGAGCAAUUCAAGUAGUCAAGUUGUACAGGUUGGCAAUGUUCUGCAGGUGAUUCCAGGAACAAGUGAUACUUCUACAAGACAAGUCACAAUGCCCAUUGCAACACCUCCAAAAUCAACCUUUCCUCCUACAUCAACUCAUUUGGCUGCUCAAGGUCUCAGUCCUCACAUGCCUCCUCUUCACCUCCCACCCAUGCAUGGCCCUCCUCCAGGGCCUGCACCAGCUCUCCUGCCAACCGUUCCCUCACACCCACCGCCCACUCACUGCCCUCCACCACACACACCACCCAUGCGCGGACCACCAAUUCAUACACCACCCAUUCAAGUUCCUUCUGUACAUGGCUUGUUGGGACAUGCACCUUCACCAUCUCAAGGUGUGCCUCUUUUGACAUCACCAAGUUUGGAAAUGUCUCCAUCUCCAGCUAUUACUAGUCCUCUGGUGUCAGUCCAUGGCCCUGUACCUCCUCCUGUAUCUGGAGUACAAGUGACCACAUCAGUCGCCACGUCUCCUAUUCCAUCCAUUCCCGCUUCUGGUGCUCCUGUGAUUUCAAGUGCAUCCUCUGCCAUUUCAGCAAUGCCUACUAAAGUUGUUCCUACCCCAGUGGCUGCUCCUAUUUCCUAUUCGCCUCCUGCGUCUCCCUUCCUAGUUCCUCCAGUGGUUCAUGCACCAAUGGUAUCUGUUGCAUUGACAGAAGGGACUCCAGCAGUAGCUUCACAAGAUUGCCCUAUUCCGUUCUUAUCAUCCGUGGAGAUGGCACAAGCAUCUCAAAUGGAAGAAGCAGAACGCCGAAGAGCAGACAGAGCACGGAGACGGGCAGAAAAAGAGAAGAGGCGUAAAGAGAAAGAGAAACGCCAUCAAAACAAGAUCAAGCAGGCAACAGAAAUGAUAAUUAAGAAAGCCUUUGAACAGGACGGAGAAAUGUUGAGUACUGCUUCAGAUAUAGAUCUUGAAGAAAUGAGACUUAUUGAGGAGGCCAUGCAACAAGUGCCAGAGCCAGAAGAGGAAGAAGAAAUGCCUCAGACUGAUGCAGAACAACAACUAAGGAAGAGAAAGAGAAAGAAUCCUGUUGACAUUCAAAUCUUACCUCCAGCAGGAAAAGGCAUUCUAGUCUCCCCAGGAUUCAGGGAAAAACCAUUGGGUGGCGGAGGAAUUGAAAGAAAGUCUGUUAAAUUUGCGGAUGGAGUCCGUCCUGGUGAAGGGACAUCCCCAUCUGCUGGGGAGGAUCUUCCUUCUCCACCUCCUCCACCUCGCAAACUCCCAAAGGAGAAGCGAUACAAGAAAAAGAAAAAGAAGAAGAUUAAGGUUAAGAUCAUUCGACAAAUAAAUGUUGAAGAUGAAGAUGACGAUGAUGAAGAUAUCUCACCUCCACCACCUCCCCCUGGAUCACCACCUCCUCCUCCUAUGUAUCCUCCAGGGGCUCACUACCCGCCUACAUAUCCGUCUGGGUUCACAUACUCCACCGCACCUCCCUUUACUGUUUUACCUGGUGUCGAUAGCAGUGCAGCAACAGGUACAAGUGGGAACCUUUUCACUCCAUUGUAUCACCAACACCACCAUACCACAACCACCACUCACACUACUACUGUUCAGUUUGCUCCUCCACCCCCUGUCACUCCUGUGCCACCACCACCACCUAAUCCACAUAUGUUUAAAAGAGAAUCUAAGAGUAAUCCGUAGGGUUUGUCUCCCAUAGGACUAAAGGUUGUAAGUUAUUUAAUUGUGAAAUGAGAAAAUUUAUGUAUAAUAUUCAGAUGUAUACAUUUCAGUAGAUGAUUAGAAUAAGAAGUAUAUCAUAUGUAUAUAUUAGAGUUGGGCACAGUUUGUGUGGUAAAGAUGUAAUAAAAUGGUUAUAAAUAUAUUAUAGAUAUAAACUGAAUAAUUUCAUGAGAAAUAUUAAAAUAAGAUGUAUGUUUCUUGCCAAAGUGCACAUGUGUAUAUGUAUUGUGAGUGCAUACAUUGUGAGAUACAAGUAUAUUAAUUCAUUUAUAAAACACAUAUUAUUUGCUUGGAAGGUAUUGAAUAUAUUAGAAAUAAUAGACUUAUAUUCCAAGCAAAAUUCAAAAUGAAUAUGUUAAGUAAUAUUCACUCUCUGGUUUGUAUUUGUUGUGCUUGGAAUUGAGAAGAUUAUUUGUGAGUGUUGCACAUGUAUGAGUCAUGAAUGUUUGGGUUACAGUUUUGACUUUAUUAUGCUAUUGUAAAUGUUUGCAAAGAUGAUCACACAUUCAGGUGGUUUAUGGCAGUUUGGGUGGAUGUAUUUUAUAAUAAAAUAGCAAUGAAAGAAUCUGCAAAGCAGAUACAAAUUACCACCCAAGUGUUAAAAAGAGGAAAACAACUACCUUAUAGGCAUUUCGUCAGAGAGUUGUAGACUUUCUUUGGUGCCUAAGGCAUUCCCCUUUAACACAUUUUGUACUGUUUAUUAUUUUUUAAAAAUGACCAUACUAUUUGCAAUUAUGUAAAUAUAAAUAAAUAUAUCCUGUAUAUUGUGUAGGGCUCUUUGUACAUUGUUUAUUGAAAAUGACCACUUCAUUUCCUGCUUGCUUUAAUUCCAAUUGAUUUAAACAUUCUUGUUUUUGCUUUCUGAGUUUUAUUACAUUAUGUAGAUAGCACAAUUCUGAAUUUUGUGUUCAGUUUAAUAACAGAAAUAAAUACAGUGAAAAGAUGUGACGAACUUUCAAAAC